AUGAUGAGCUGUCGAGCAGAAGACAUAGAUAUACCACAGUACAUGGUGCAUAAAAGUGAAGUGAAAAGUUUAAUUGAAAAUGAUGAGGAAGAUAUAUCCAAUUUUAUGAUUAGGAAGAAAAUGAAUUUAGCAAAGGAAAAAAAUGAAAACAUAAAAAAUAUGAAAAAAUUAAUUUUAAAAUAUCCAGACAUUUUUAUUAAAUCAUCCAUUAUUACAAGAGAGUUAAAGAAAAAUAUACAAGACAAUAAAGCUCUUGUUAACAACAUCAUAAUUAAUUGUGAAAAAAUAACACGUUUAUUCGAAGGUCAUGCCUAUAAACAGAUUAUGAACAAUUUGAAAUAUUCAAAAAAUGAACAUAACAUUACAAGGAGUAAUAUGUGGACUGACAUAUUUAAAAUUCCAUUAAUAAUUCAUAAAAACAACGAAAAGGAAAAUGUACAAGAUAGCAUGAAAUAUAUUAACAUGUGUGAUAAAAUAAAAAUAUAUCUGUGUGCAUAUUGUAAUUGCAAAUCAAAAGAUCAUAAAUUUGCAAAUUACUUAAAAGGAUAUAUAAAAAAACUGGACAAAGAAAUAAAAAAAACGAGAGGAGUUCUUUGUGAACUUAUUAUGAAAUGUGAAAAUGUAGACACUAUAAAAAUGUACCUUCAAUACUUGUCUGAUAUAAGAAAUUAUUUUCUUUUACCUACAGAUCAAAAAGGAAUGAGUGAGAAAUUUACAAAUAAUAUUGAAAAAAAUAACCUGACCUGUUCAGAUUUUUUUUUCGAGAGUUACGAAGAGAGAAUAAUGACAAAUGAGGAAUACAGAAAAAACACAUUUUUAAUGCUUAAACAUUUUUACAUACUACAGUUGGUUAAGGGAAAAUUAGAAGAAAAAAUAAAAAUACAAAAAACGAACAAUUCGUUAAGUACGGAAGAAAUCAUUCAAAAUUUUUUGAAUAAAAUUGACAAUUUAAAAAAUACAUACGAGAAAUUAUUUAAUAUCUUGGAUGCAAAGUUAUUUAAGCAUAUCAUAUUUUUAUACUAUUUUUCCUUAUCAUUAGUACAUAUCAAAAUAAAGCAAACAAGUAAUCACUCAACAAUCAGCUGUGAUCAAGGUGCAAAAAAAUGCGACUUAAGUUUGAUAAAUGCGAUUAAUCGUGAAUACAUCUCGAAAAAAGUAAACCAGCAGAAUGAGCAGCAUGGGCAGAACGAGGAGAACUUAAGGAAGAAUAAAUCGAACGUCGAGGAUGCGCAAAUGUGUAAUAACGUUACUUUCCACAACGUGGAAGAUAGACAAAAUGCACAAGCGACAGGUAUGGAGGAGAUUAUCAAUUUUGUGGAUAUCCCUGAAAAGGUGUCAAACAGUUUGACAUAUUCAAAUGAAGUGAAUGCUUCCAGUGAAAAAAAAAUAUUAGAAAAAGAAUUCGCGAACCCUGAUGGAAACCCAAUGUAUCCCUUUUUAAAUUUAAACAGUUCCCUGUUUAAUUACAUGUAUUACUUUGUUUUUUUCAAAACGGAAAAGAUUUAUUACGAGUCACACAACCUGGAUUUAGAUGAGAGUGAGAGCAAAGAACACAAUUUGCACGAACGGACGCAGUGUCACAAUUGGGAUGAUAGGAACCCAUCGGUCUUUACUCACAAGGAAAGACGUUGUUACAAAGGAAAAGGAAAAAGAAAAAUCCAAAUGGAAAAAUCAUAUGAACGCGAUAAGAUACCACAGAAAAAUCAUUUCACAUUUGUUAAUUUCCUGUAUGAGGAAAGAAGUAAAAAUUUAUUGCGAAAAAUUCAAAGUAAGAAGAUAACUAAACAAAAAUACAUGAGUUUUACCAAUUAUACAUCAAUACAAACGUUGGUUCAAAAAGGAAAUAUAAAAGAAUCAGUUCUGGAUUUGUACAAAUGUCGAAAAAAUAAUGAACAAAUUGAAAUUGCAAAAGAGAACGAAAAUUUCGUUUCAGGACUAAGUGCGCCUCUUCUGAUCAAUGCAAUUUUAAAUAAAAUAUUUAUUAUGUACAUUUAUGAUUUUCUUGAGAAAAAUAAUUUUCAUUUUUAUCAAAAUAUUUUAUUUUUUGAUGAUAAACAUGAACAGAACGAAAAUAACACUUACAAUAAGAAUAUUAUAUGUGUCUUACGCGGACAUAUACAAAGCCAAAAGGGAGGGCUCCCUAUUUUUGAAGAAAAUUUUUCCACUCUUGGGACAAACAGAGAGGGUGAAGGAGAACUCCAAGAUGAGUCUAAAACAAAUCGAAUUAGUCAUGUGUUACACCGUGGUUCCAUGCAACAAUACAUGGGGAAAAUAUACGACACACUUAAACAUACAUUUUUAAUUACCUACUUUUUCAAUAUCGUUUUUCUUUUAAAAAGCAUAAAAUAUUACGUAGACAAAUCUCUGAUUUAUGUAAUCAUUUUUUUAUUUGAAAAUUCUUUUAAAAGAGUUAUCGAAAAUUUAGUGAUGAUUUUUUUAGGUAAUCAGAAUAUGUUCCUCAAGUAUUCCACAUUUCAUCUAAUCAUGGAAUUAUUAUUUAAGAUCAUUUUUCCCUUCACCUUUACUUUCCUCUCGUAUGUUUUUCAAGUUGAUGUGACGAGCUCGACGGAAAACAUAUUUAAGAUCCUAGACAAUUACGGAGUUGGCGUAUGA